AUGUCCUCAGCAAUGGCUCGCGGCGUAUCAGCUGCUGAGAUUUCUAAGUUCAGUCGCUUGCAGAAAUAUUGGUGGUGCCCGCAAGGUCCCUUACGUACAUUACAUCAAUUCAAUCCUGUACGCGUUGAGUUCAUAAAUAAGGCAUGCCGGUGCGCAUUUACUCCAUCCGACUUGGCUGCUACAGCAGGAAUAAGACCAGGAAUGAGUGUAUUGGAUGUUGGUUGUGGUGGAGGUAUUCUUUCUGAGAGCAUUGCACGAUUAGGUGGUGAUGUAUUGGGCAUUGACAUGUGUAAGGAAAGUAUUGCCGUAGCAGAGGAGCGGCGUCAGCGAGUUCUCCGUGAUAUUACUCCACAAGCAUCGCUUGCAUAUCGUUGUGUGCCACUUCACGAGGUGGUGGAGGGAGAAGGACGGCAAUUUGAACUUGUAGUGGCUUCGGAGGUAAUUGAACACGUGAGCGAUGCGGCGGCAUUUUUGCACGAUAUUUGCGCAGCAACAAAACCCGGUGGCGUGCUUGUAAUUUCCACCAUGGAUAAGUCACUUUUUACCGCAUUGAGCUUUAUUGUCGUGGCGGAACAUAUCACUGGCAUAGUGGAACCCGGAACGCACGACUGGGCCAAGUUUAUUCCACCCGCUGAUCUGUCAAGAUGUGCGCUUAACCAUGGUGUUUCACAAAUAGAGAUGCGGCAUAUUGUAGCGUGUCCAGACGUUCUUAAGACUUUUGCCUCACGUCAAUUACAUUUAAGCUUCCGUCUUUCCAGUAGGUUAUACACCGGUCAUUAUAUUUGGGCGGGGGUGAAGAGGAGUACUGCGGCAUCGGCAGCGAGUAACAUUGGUAGUAAUAUGAAAAGUGAAAAAGAUGCCAAAUAA